AUGGCAUUGGGCGCCGCUGCUGCGGCCUACCUUGGCUCCUCGGCAGUGCAGGCCUUCUUGGCGCCCUCGGCGCCUUCGCCUGCGCUGCGCGGUGCCCCCGGCACCUCCGGCACCUCGGCGUCGGCAUCGUCGUCCGGGUUCAGCGCCACAAGCUUCGGAGCCACCGCGGUGGCCACAGCCGCGCUGGCCUUGGCACGGCGGGGGCGGGGCCUGGUCCCGCGCGCGGCAGAGGCGGAGCCCUUUGCUGGCGGCCUCAUUGGGGGCGAGUCCGCCUUUGCGGGCCAGGACUUCAACUUUGAUCCGCUGGGCCUGGCUACGAAGUGCGAGAAGUUCCUGCCCUGGUUCCGUGAGGCUGAGCUGAAGCAUGGCCGCAUCGCCAUGCUCGCCUGGGUUGGACUCGUGGCACCGGAGUUCGUGCGCAUCCCUGGCCCGGAGCAGUGCUAUGGUGCCAAGACUGUGGUGGAGGCCCACAACGCCUGCGCCGGAGACCCAUAUUUCCCCUUCAUCCUGGAUGCAACAGACUUCUACGGAAAGGACGGCCAUCAGGUGGGCCCCCUCUUCCAGGUCUUCGCCUUCUGUGGGCUCAUUGAGAUGCUGACGACCUUUGCCAAGACUGCCAACGUCUCCAACAAGCCGGGCCUGACUCUGGCAAACGCAGGCGAUUACCGUCUGGGUGCCAACUUCCUGCCACAGGACGAAGCCAAGGUCAAGGAAAUGAAGCUGAAAGAGCUGAAGAACGGCCGCCUGGCCAUGCUGGCGUUCGGCGGUGCCAUCACUCAGGCCACCCUCACUGGAAACGGCUUCCCGUGGCUGUAUGCGGAGAAGGAGACCAGCCGUGGCUUCGGCGCGUCCAUGAAGCGCAGCACGCUGGCAGGGCGCAGCAGGAUUGCCAGGCAGGCGGAGAGCGGCUACAAGAUGAGCGCGGCUGUGCCCUUCCUGCCGAUGUCGCCAGCCCUUGAGGGCAUGCCAGGCGAGGAGGAGGGCUUUGACCCCAUGGGCUUCUCCCUGGCCAUCGACAUCAAGUGGCUUCGCGAGGCGGAGCUCAAGCACGGCCGAGUGGCCAUGCUUGCCACGGUGGGCUGGAUCGCCACCGACAUGGGCAUGCGGGUGCCCGGGGAGGCCUUCCAGAUCUCCACCGUUGAGGCUCAUGACGCCAUGGUGAAGUUCGGCUCCAUGCCCCAGAUGCUGGUCUGGAUGGGCUACGCAGAGCUCUUUGGCUUCCUGGCCAUUGUGAACAUGUUUGAGGGCAAGACGGACCGCAAGCCGGGCGACUUUGGGCUCCGGGGCUUCUACCCCCAAGAUGCAAAGGGCCAGUAUGACAUGCAGGUGAAGGAGCUGAGGAACGGCCGACUGGCAAUGUUGGCGUAUGGAGGCAUCGUCACCACGGCAGUGCUGACGCAGGAGACAAGUGGCCUUUCUUUGACGCGGUGGUCAACGCAGUGCCAGACAACAAGCAGGUCCGGGCUCCUGCCACCUUCUGCGGCGGCGCUGCGCCGCGCAGCGUCUCCCGCACGGCAUGCCAUGCUUCUAGCAGCAAGAGCCUGCCCUUCCUGCCAAAGCCGCAGAACCUGGGGGGCCUGGCGGGCGGUGAUGCGGAGUUCGACCCCCUGGGCUUCUCCGACACCUUUGACGUGA